AUGGCUUGCGCUGGUUGAAUUGCAACUGCCAAUGCGGAUUGGUGGUCUGAUCAGAAAGGCAUUGCAGAAGCUACCUGCAGACUCAACUAAAUGGCCUGAGUUGCUUGCUGAAACUAAUCACUCUCCCUACAUUCACUUGACCAUCAUCAUACAUCUCAACUUUGUCCUUCUACGCGACUGCGGGGACAGCAUGAUUAAAAGUUCACAUCUGCCUGCUCUUUGCAAGUACAUACUAUCCAAGAACUCUCUUCCUUCUCCCCCCGAACUUAAAGCAAUUGCUUUUGUUUUUGCAGUUUUACACCUAUCACAUGCACAGUCAGUGGGAAACUCACGCAGAGAGAUAGCUCAGGCUACCCAGAGGAUUAUUCAAUGGCUCAAAUGUACAGAGAUGAGUGAUGUUUUCACCCAUCACCCAGCUUUGCUGUACUGGAUCUUCAAUAUUAAUGACAAACCCCUACAAAUGUCUGUAAUUGCCCUUUGGAUGAGAGACAAGAGUCCAGCUUCACAAAAAGAACUGGAGGACUUGGUGUUAAAAGUUGAUGAAGCUGCUCUACUGUUGGUGGACAUUCUGAGCUGUUGUUCUAGGAAAAUGCUGAAUGAAGUGAUGUCUCCAAUCAAAACCAUUUUGGACAGGAACUCAGAUCAAAAAAUAAUUAUAAGCAAGCACAUUUGGAGCAAACUUCCUUCCAUUAUAUCCCGCUUGACAUCACCUGAGAUAACAUCCAAAAGAUUGAUGAACGUAAGUGUUGUCAUAUACAUCGCUUGCAGAACAGUUCCUCGCAUUCCUGACACCAGGCUGAUGUUGAGGUUGAGUCAGCAGUUGGUUCAAGCUUUCCAAAGAUUUUGUGGCAGCACAUGGGAACAUACUGAGAUCAACACUCAAAACCUAGACACACAGUUAUUGCUGGCUCAGAUGUUAAAACUAGCCCAUGUCAUUGCCUUCAAGAUGAUACACAUAAGUGAAUACCGAGAGUCAGGUUUGAAGAUAUUCCUGGAAGAAGACAGUGUCCUUAGAGCACUUUUAGCAUGCAUGAAAUCAGACUGCAAGAUUGUUACACACCCUGCUCUCAAACUACUAGCAUACCUGCUACAUUCUCAGAAUGUAUACAACAUUCAGAUCAGGAGUAAUGGAUAUGUGAUAGGCGCAGACUUUCUUCAAGUGCUGGUGGAAAAGUGUAAUAUCGAUACAACUUUCUAUGCUGCUGAUCUCUUCAACAGCUUGCAAGUAGAAAACACAAAAAUGCUCAUAAGUCUUUCAAGCAACAUGAGGAUAAGCGUGAUACACUCUUUGUAUCAUGCAUUUUUGAAGAUCUCAAGGAGGCCUGGUGAAGCCACUGGCCUCUGCUGGAGAUGUGGCAGCUUGUUGUUGAAGUAUUGUCGUCUCUACGACCAAGACGUUGUCAUAGGACUGCUUUAUCAUCCUGAGUACAAAAAAGGGCUUGAGUUGGCUUUCAAAAAAGGAGGUAUCAGAGACAACUAUUUUGCAGAGUAUGCAUUAGAGUAUUUCAAGGCAGGGAGGAAGUAUCUGAGUUACUACAAUGAUGAUUUGGCUUGCACUCAAAACCCUGUGUCAACCAAUCUCAUACGUGUAGCUCAACAGUUGCUGACUAGAGACUGGCCAUCAGGCUCUCAUCAGUCUAGCCUCUUACAAGAGAUCUGCUCUAUGGACCGAAAAAUCCCUUCAAAUGUCAUUAACGCUCUGAAACUAAAGAGGUCACGUCUGUACAGCAGAGUUCUUUCAGAAAAUUCAGACACUGAUUGAUCUGUUUGUAUAUGGUUGAGAAGAAGUAAUUUCAUUAUUGUAUAAUUUAUUAAUUAGUCAUACUUUAAGAGUAAUGUUCACAGAAAUUUGUAUAAUUCUGUAAUUUAAUUUUGUUUGAUAUGGUCAGCCUGAUAAGAGGUUGUGUCAUAGAGUAAGUUAAAUCAUUUGAUUAAUUUAAAAUUGUGAAUUUUAAUGUAUUACUAAUGAUAGUAUUUUUAUGAAUAUAUAAGUUGUAAUAAUCAACAUAUUAGGUACAGUACUGAUUAUCAUCAGAUUGGUAAUUGUAUCAAGUAACAUUAUAUUAUUUAUUUAAUUGUAUUAAUAUUGUUUCAUAUUGAAGAAACUAGUUUAAAGUAGAUCGCAGCUGUAAUUGACAGUAAAUCAACACUAUUUAUGAUCAAUUAAUAACCAGCAGUCCCUGGUAUAAGGAAACAAUUGGUUCAGUUAUCUAAUAGUCUGUAAUAUUGUGUUAUAUUAAGAGUAAAG